GAAAAGAAUAAAUAAUACUUCGUACUUGGUAAAUAAUAACAUUCUACUAACUAGUUUUUUCCUAGAGAAAAAAAAAUAAAAAAAAAUAAAAAAAUACUUGUAGUUUAGGGCAAGAAAGAAGAAAAUCGGGAAUUAGAAUUUGGAAGACUAAAAUUGGAUCAAAUUGAGAGCGAGAGAAAAGAUGGCCCAGCCAAGCAAAGAGCCAUGCAAGAAACAAGCCUGUGACAUUCAAUCUUGUUUAUCCAAGAACAAUUUCAAUCCUAAAAAUUGUAUUGAUGUCAUUCUAAAGCUUCAGAAAUGCUGUGAAAAUUGCAAUUAUGAUUCUACCCAUUGUGCUUCUCUCUCUGGUCUUCUCAAGCAACAUGCCAAGCCUUCUAAAUAAAGGUGAAUCAUGCAGACGAGCAGAAUGCAAGUUAGCAAAAGAUUUACAAGACACUUGAAGUCAUAGUAUAGGUUUUUUUUUUUUUUUUUUUUUUGACGACAUAGUAUAGUUCACAAUACUGAAUAUCAUCUAAUAGAUACUCUGUAUAUCAAUAUGAAGCCAGUAAAGUUUGCAGCCUUGACGAACAUCAUUGAGCUUUUUCACUGAUGCUGCUUGGAAGGCUUCUGCAGUUAGUGUUGUAUUUAGACAAUUUCUUGUCAGCUGCCAGAAAGAUCAGUUUUAGGAGAAAGAUAACCAGAUAAGAACUUUGAGUGACAACUCUGUCCCUCUUAAUCAGAAUUUUUUCUACUGCCAUUUAAUUUUGGUCUAACUCUACAAUUAAUUUAUUUCUUGAUAAGUUUUGAUGAUAGCCGUUAUUAGUAAGUUAGUUCUCCGUAAUACUAGUGGUAAUUUAAACGGUAAUUUAUAAAGUAUGAUAAAGUGGAACGCGCCGUGUGACACUAGUUUUAAGAAAAAGAAAGACUUUGACGUUAUAUAUGGGUAUGUGAAGUUGACUACGUAAUCAUCUUAACAAACUCAUGCCCAACAAAACAAAUUUGUUUCCUACAUGUGUUAUUCGUUCUUUUUUUUUUUUUUUUUUUUUU